AUGUCAGUUCGACCCUCGGAAUCUCUCAGGAAACUGGUGCCUGAAGUCGACAAAAAGGAAAACGCCAGAACAGGCGCCAUUAUAGAACUGGAAAUUCGUCGCCUCAAACUGAAGGCAAACGCCAGAACAGGCGCCAUUAUAGAACUGGAAAUUCGUCGCCUCAAACUGAAGGUGAUAAGGAUAUAUUUCGAUACAGGAAAAGAACAAUCUGAAGGAAAAGAAAAGUCGCAAAAAGCAACGCAGUUAUGUGCGAUUCCGACACAAUACUCAGAAGACGAGUUUGCUGUACAACGGAGGCCUGUCGUACGGUCCUCUUCGUUGCAAUGCCCAGAUUGUCCGAAGUCAUCUAAACGUAAAAACGAGCUUAAAGUUCGCAUCAAGGCGAGACAUGAGAACGUGUCUUUUUCUUGUAGCAAAUGUCAAAAGACAUUUGCUUACAAGACAAAUGCAAUACGACACGAGGCAAAGUGUAACGGGGACGAUCAAAACUCAAGUUUCCAACAGAAAUCGACUUCGGAAAAGAGAGAAAAAAGCACCGAGAGAAGGGGAAAGGAAAUAAAACGCAAAAUUUUCCGGAUGGCCGAUUAUUAA